AUGGAAACCAACGGCUGUUUAAAUUCAGGCGCAUCAUCAGUUUCUACUUCAUGCACGGACCUUUACACACCCGUAAAAUUCCGGCUAUCUGGGCAAGGCCUAGUUUUUAUCAAAAAGCAAAAACCCCUUCACAGGUUUCCUGCUGUAGCUUCUCAACAAGGAAAAACCAUCCCGGCUGCUCACGAGGAGAAAGAAGAGCCGGCGGUCCUUCUUGAGGAGAAGGACAAGCCGGAAGUUGUUCUUAAGAAGAAAGAAGAAAAGGAAGGGCAAGAGUCGCAGGGGAAUUCGAACCGUGUCGCGACUGAGAAUGGAGAUGGCCGUGUGAAGCCGCCUCCUGAGGGAGCUAAGGUUUACAUUGGGAAUUUGCCGUACGAUGUCAAUGGCGAGGAAUUGGGUCGGCUUUUUGAGCGGGCUGGUGCGGUUAGAUUUGCUGAGGUUAAAUACAAUAAGGAGACUGAUGAGAGUCGAGGGUUUGGGUUUGUAACAAUGGGCACAGAGGAAGAGGCUGAUAGGGCUGUGGAGAUGUUCCGUGGUUAUGAUGUGAAUGGCCGACACUUAGCAGUUAACAAAGCUGCUCCAAGAGGAUCGCAAAUCGAACGGCCUGCUCGAGUGCUUGAAACGUCCUACAGAUUGUUUGUUGGCAACCUCCCAUGGAGUGUGGAUGACACGCGCCUCGAGCAGAUUUUUAGCAAGCAUGGCAAAGUUUUGAGUACUCAAGUGGUGACCAAUCCUGAGACUGGUGAUUCAAGAGGAUUUGGCUUUGUGGUCAUGUCGAGUGAGGUUGAGAUGAAGCAGGCCAUCAAAAAAGUUGAUGGGAUGAGUUUUAAUGGGAGGGAAAUGAGAGUAAAUGCUGCUGAAGGCAAACGAAGACAAAAUGGCAGUUCUUGA